AUGUUAGAAUUGACAUAUUUUAAUGAUUCAACAUGGUUUAACAUUUCCCCAUUUGAAGAUAAUUCACAAUAUAAUGGUCUAUUAAUUGAAUUCGUCACUAAAGGUUUAUAUUUAAAUUCAUCAUCAUUAUUAGUUUCGUCAACGAACUGUGGCUCAUAUCCGUGUCUGUUAAAAUAUUUAAUUGCUGUUAUUGGUGCAUUAUCAAGUUUAUUGACAAUUGGUGGUAAUAUGUUAGUUGUUGUCGCAUUUUUUCUCGAUAGACAAAUUCGUCAUCCAACUAACUAUUUUAUUUUUUCACUUGCUGUUAGUGACUUUCUUAUCGGAAUUUCAUCGAUACCCAUGUUUACGUUGUAUAUUUACAAAGAACGUUGGUUAUUAGGUUCAUUUUUAUGUGAUAUAUGGUUAUCGGUCGAUUAUACAGUGUGUUUAGCGUCGAUUUAUACUGUUUUGUUAAUAACGAUCGAUCGAUUUUGUUCCGUUAAAUUACCAGCUAAAUAUCGAAAUUGGAGAACAAAAAACCGAAUCAUUAUGAUGAUAUUAAUCACAUGGAUUAUACCAACAUUAAUAUUUUUUAUAUCCACAAUUGGCUAUCCCUAUAUGGUAAAAAACUCAGUUGGAAACUAUUAUAAUUCACAAUGCGAUGUUCAAUGGAACAAAGAUCCAUUUUUCAAUUUGUCAUUAACAAUUGGCUAUUUUUGGAUAACAUUACUUGUUAUGUUUGUCUUGUAUUUUUUCAUCUAUCAAGUUGCAAGUAAUCUUGAACGACGUUCAAAUGCUAAAGCGAAAAAAGUAUCAAAUUUAAUCGGUUUAUCAAGUUCAGCAAUGACAAAUUUAGUUAUGACAAUGUCUAAACCUCGUGAUGCCCUAUCUGAUAAUCAAGAAAUAGUCAUCAAUAAACCUCCUCUAUUAGUGCCUUCAUCCAAAACAGUUUCUAAUAAACUGCUAGAUAGUCGAGAUCAAAAGAAGACGACAAAUGAAACAGUUCAAAAGACUGUUAUUACCACAAAAAUAUCAGCAAAAGAACGUUUUUCUGAGAAUAGUCUCGAUGAUGAUAUCGAAGAUGCACAUGUUUAUCAAAAUGCAGGUACUUCAAAUGGUUCUAAUCAAAAUCAAAAUAAUCAUGAAGAUGAUUAUACACAAGCGAUAAAUCAUUCGUCGUCACAUGAUACAAGUGAUGAAAAUACGCCUAAUAAAAGCGUUUUAAAAACGAAUGAUGAAAGUAAAAAUUUGUUAAUGUCCAUAACUCCAACAGUCAUUGGUUCACAAUCGCCAAAAACGAUUAUUAAUAAUCAGCAACAAAAAGCGGCAAGAACAAGCAACAAAGCGAGAAAAGCAUUACGAACAAUAACAUUUAUCAUGGGUGCUUUUGUCUUAUGUUGGACGCCUGUGAGUAUUACUCUAUAA